AGAGAGGGAGGGAGAAGAGGAGAGAGAGAGAGAGAGAGAGAGAGAGAGAGAGAGAGGCCAGCCCCAAAGGCUCGCCCUCCUCCUCCUCCUCCUCUUUCCCUGCCUCGGCGCGCAGAGUGAGAGAAGCAACGCCCAAAGAGAAAGAAGGGAACGCGGAAGGGAGAAAGGAGGAGAAGUGGACGGAGAGAGAGAGAGAGGAAAGAAAGAAAGAAAGCAAAAGAUCCCCAGCCCUUGGUCGGCUUGAAGGACGAGGAAGAGAAGGAGGAAGGAGAAGAGGAAGGCUUUUUCUGCCUCCCCCAUUUUGGGGGGAAAGGACCCUCUGACCCAGCCCAAGGGGGCUCAGGACUCACCUUCUCCCCUUCCCUUGCGUGGGGGUUCCCUCUUUCCUUCCCCCUCGGUCGCCCAUCCGUUUCCCCUCCCUUGGGCCACCAUGAAGGCGGCCGUGGACCUGAAGCCCACCCUCACCCUCAUCAAAACCGAGAAGGUCGAGAUGGAGCUCUUCCCAUCCCCGGAUAUGGAAUGUGCGGAUGUGCCUUUGUUAACUCCAAGCAGCAAAGAAAUGAUGUCACAGGCAUUAAAGGCCACAUUCAGCGGCUUCACGAAAGAACAGCAACGAUUGGGAAUUCCCAAAGACCCUCAACAGUGGACUGAGACCCAUGUGCGGGACUGGGUGAUGUGGGCAGUGAAUGAAUUCAGUCUGAAAGGUGUGGACUUCCAGAAAUUCUGCAUGAAUGGAGCUGCACUAUGUGCUCUAGGCAAGGACUGCUUCCUUGAAUUGGCACCGGACUUUGUCGGAGAUAUUCUUUGGGAGCAUCUGGAGAUCUUGCAAAAAGAAGAGAUAAAGCCGUAUCCAACAAAUGGAGUGAACACUGCGUACCCAGAAUCCCGUUAUACAUCUGACUACUACAUUAGUUAUGGCAUUGAGCAUGCUCAGUGUGUUCCUCCAUCAGAAUUUUCUGAGCCCAGUUUUAUCACAGAGUCCUACCAGACCCUGCAUCCAAUCAGCUCUGAGGAGCUUCUGUCUCUCAAAUAUGAGAAUGAGUACCCAUCGGUCAUUCUUCGCGAACCAGUGCAGAUGGAAUCCUUGCAGACAGAUUACUUCACAAUCAAACAGGAAGUUGUAACACCAGAUAACAUGUGCAUGGGGCGCACUAGCAGAGGUAAACUUGGAGGCCAGGACUCUUUUGAGAGUAUAGAGAGCUAUGACAGCUGUGAUCGGCUGACACAGUCUUGGAGCAGCCAGUCAUCCUUCCAAAGUCUCCAACGUGUCCCUUCUUAUGACAGCUUUGACUCUGAAGACUACCCAGUUGCCUUGCCCAACCACAAGCCCAAAGGCACCUUCAAGGACUAUGUUCGAGACCGCGCUGACAUGAACAAAGACAAACCUGUCAUUCCUGCUGCUGCUUUGGCUGGCUACACAGGUAGUGGACCCAUUCAACUGUGGCAAUUCCUACUGGAACUUCUCACAGACAAAUCAUGUCAGUCCUUCAUCAGCUGGACAGGCGAUGGCUGGGAAUUCAAACUCUCAGAUCCUGAUGAGGUUGCAAGGAGAUGGGGCAAGAGGAAAAACAAACCAAAAAUGAACUAUGAGAAGCUGAGCCGUGGAUUGCGUUACUACUAUGAUAAAAACAUCAUCCACAAGACAGCAGGGAAGCGCUAUGUCUAUCGUUUUGUAUGCGAUCUGCAGAGCUUGCUGGGCUACACACCUGAAGAGCUCCAUGCCAUGUUGGAUGUGAAGCCAGAUGCUGAUGAAUGAAUGAAUGGAAUAUGUGGGGCUAGAAUAGAAACCUUUAUGGAAAAGAUUUCUUAACGUCUAUCUAAAAAUUCUAUUGGACAAUCUGUUUUUGGCAGUCGUCAUUUCCAUUUUAAAAAAGAAAUUCAGAUUUCUGGUUAUGAAGGGGAAGGCUGUUAAGCUUUUGGAUGAAACUGUGACAUAGUUUGGCUGGGAGUAGAAAAAGCAAUCUUUCACAUUUGGAAUGUUCUAGCAAAGUUCUAUUUGGGUUCACUUGUUUUAAAAGUCAGGAAUAAAAGAGCUUAACAGUUAACCACCCAUUACAAAUUAUUUAACAAAUUAAUUACUUAUACUCUUCCCCCCCCCCCCUUUCCCACCGUCAUAAACUGACAACC